AUGUCCUGCAGUUUUAACUCAACUGAUUGCAAAGGAGUAAUUAGGACAAUAAAUAAUAAUACAAAAAUUCAAAUAACAAAAAAAAAAACUAUUUUAGUUGGAAUGAAAUUAUAUCAAACUCACUAUAAUAAAUUUAUUAUUAAUGAGGCUUAUAGCCUAAAAAAUAAUGAAACUUGCUCUCAUCAAAAGCAUGAUGAAUAUAAAAGCCAAUCAAAAAAUGCAAAUAAGAGAUCAAAAAACCUUAAUCUUGAAAAGAUACCAAAAAGAUUAAUACCAAUUUUAAAUUUAGAUGAAACUGCUAAAAUUUGUAGUUUGUGCAGAAAAAAAACAGAUAAUGAUCCUGAUUAUAAUAUGUUAGAAGAAUAUACUGCACCAAUUUCCAAAAAAAAGGAUGAUGAUAAUAUUUUAACAAUGGGAAAUCAUACUUAUUCAUUUAGAAAAGAUAUUUUAUAUAAUGGUGAAGAACUAAAACAAUUUGAAUCAGAUUAUCAAGAAAUUAUAUCACAAUUAACAAUUACAGAUGAAAUUAGUUUAAGUAACAAAAUUAAAAAAAUGUUUAAUAUUCUUUAUAAAAAUCAAAGAAUAUUAGAACAAAAAACAAUUUAUGAUCCUGAUAAAUUUAAUAAUAUGUUAGAAACAGAAGAUGCAGAUUUAAUUGGUUUUUUUGAUGAAUUAUAUCAAGGAACUAAUCCUAAAACUAAAUCUGAUAAACAAAUAAUAGCUGAUAUUGGAUCAUAUUUACAAACUUCUGGAGCAUCAGCUACUUCUAUUGAUACACUUGCAAAUCUUGGAUUAUCAGUAUCAAGAAUGACAGUAAAUCAACAAAAAAAAAUUGUUUCAGAUGAACAUAAACAAUCUGUUGAUAAUUAUUGUUUACAAAAUAUAGAAAAAAUGUUUGUUUUGAAUAUUGAUGAUUACCAUAAUAUUCAUCGACGUACUAUGCCAUCAUUAUUGGAAACACAUAAUAUCUUUCAUUUUGUUACAAUAUUAUUAAAUUCUAAUCCUAAUAUUCCAAGCAUACCAUGUUUUUCAAAUAAUAUUUUAAUACAUAAUCCUAAAGGAAUUGACUCUAAAUUAAUUAUUAAAAAGUUUGAGAAUUAUUUUAUGAACCAAAUAGGCAAAAGUUAUUAUGAGCAAAAUGAAUUAUGGAAAAAUUUGUUAAUUGAAGAUUCUUAUGAAAAUAGAAUUGAAAAUCUUAAUGUUCAUAAUUAUGAUGGUCGCAUUCAAAAACAUCAGGAAUUAAGAUCAUUAAAUAAUAGCAAAUUAGUAGAUUUUAUUUUGCACCUAUUACAUAGUACUAAAGAUUAUAUUGAAUGUUCAAAUCUUUUAUUUAAAGUAUUUAAAAGGUUAAAAAAUACUGAUUAUUUAGAUCAUUACAUUAUUCCUAUAAUUGCUGAUUGGCCAGGACAAGUAAAUAUAAGAAGAGCUAUAACAUUAAGAAUUAAUAGAGGAAUUAUAUCUGGAAUUUCAAAACAAAUAUUAAGUUUAAUUCCUAUGAUUGGACCACUUCAUAUUUCUUUAAAUAGUAGAGAAACCUUGUUUCAAACUUACCAUUUUUUUUUUGAAAUGUUGUAUCAUGAUUUAUUUGGAGAUAAAAAAGUAUUGUCUAAAAAGCCAAAACAAACUGUAAUUAAUCUUAUUUUAGAUUUAACAUUUAAUGGUUGGAAAAAGAUUAGAAAAGUCAUUAUGAAUCGUUUUAAAAAUUCUAAAGAUGCAGAAUAUAGAAUGAUGAUUGAUUUGUUAGAUAAUUCUAUACCACUUACUUUAGAUAUAUAUGCAGUACUUUUUAGAAGUGGAUACUUUGAGGGAUAUUUAGAAAGUGUUGUAAGAGUUUGGGUAUUAUUUCAAAGAUUAAGGAGACAUAAUUAUAAUAAAGCACCACUUGUAUUUUUAAGUGAUGUGUUUUAUUGGGAGCUUAAUAAUCAUCCAAUGGCAAAUGUUUUGAAAAAAAAUUUACCUAUUUUUAAUGAUUAUUUUGUUGAAAAUUUACACAGUUCUAUUAAAAGUCAAACUGCUGAAUCAAAUAAUGCACUGCAAAUUAUUCAAAAAGCAAAAAUUAUUGAUGCUGAAAGAAAUAAUAAUUCAUUUAAAGAAUCUUUUAUUAAUUCAAGAAAUCCAACUAUUUCUCAAGAUAAAUUAAAUUAUUUAGAAAGAAAAGUUUCUUUAUUUUUGUUUUCUCUUUUUGAUAAAAUUUAUCAUAAUAUUGGAAAUACAACCAAAAUUAAUAAUACAUAUAAACCUGCUAAUGAUAAUUUUUGUGAUGCAGAAAAAUGUUUAUUACCUAAUAAUAUAGAUUCAUCUAAUGGUAUUGUUUUAAUUUGUGGGCAUGGUUUUCAUAAAGAAUGUUUAACUUUAUAUAAUGAUAAAUGUAAUCAUUGUUUUAAUUAUUUAUCAUUUGAAGCUCAAAAAAAUAUUAAUACCUUAACAGCAAGAUUAACUACUCCACUAAAAAAUAAUGAAAUACCUUUAGUUGAAGAGAAAAUAAAUAACAAUUCAAAUGAAAAUAAUGAUGAAAAUAUACAAAGUAUUUUAGAAAGAUUAGAGCAAAAUAUAGAUAAUCAAUUUGAAAUUUUAUAUCAAGAAUGGUCAAAUUAUGAUAGCUUAUAA